AUGGAAGCAGCAUCGAUCGCGCGCAAGUCGAAGCUCGAGGCGCUGCGCAAACGAAAGGCGGACGAGGCGGCCGGCCUCGUCGAUGCAUCGGCCAACGACGACGGCGACGGCCGCGACGUCGGCCUGAUUGUUAAGCGCCACUUCCGCAACUACGACCCGCAGACGGGACAGGUCCGUCGCUUCGGCGGUCCCAAGGACCUCAAGGAUACCGUCGAGGAGGCUGUCAGGGGCUUGCAGGAGCAGACGAUCGCGCUCGACGAUCUCAAGAGGGCAGAGGAACUUGACCUCACCAACAUCGCACCCAAACGGGCCAAUUGGGACCUGAAACGCGACAUGGAGCGGCGUCUGCAGAAGCUCCAGCGCAGGGACAAGGAGGCCAUCCUCAUCCUCAUCCGCCAGCGCAUCCAGGCCCAGCAAAAGGCCGCUACCGGCUCAUCAACCUCUUCCGUCCAGGCCGACCUCACUGCCGCCACCGCAGAAAUGGCCGCCACCGCCACCGCAGACGUCGAUGCCGCAGACCUCUCCGACUCCGACGACGAGUGA